UGUGCGUCUUUCAGGCGUGACGUAUAAUCUAGUGGACGGUUCUUCAGAAACAGCUCGUCAACCACCUCUGUAGCUUGCUAGUCAACAUAGCCGAAAGAUCCAAUAUAUUUAUUCGCUUUCGGUGUAUAUUAGCUACUGUGUUUUAGACACACUUCGGUCGUAUCUACUUGUUAAACUAUUUAAUAUUACAUUAUUUUGUAUUAGUCAGCUAUAGUAGCUGGCUGGUUAAGUUAGCACUAGCCUAGUUGCUAAUGCUAGCUAGCUAACAUUCCCGAACAUGAGCUCACUAAACUACUCUCCUCCUGUUAAAGAAGAGGGGGUCUGCUGGACGGAGGAAGAAGCUCUGGGGCUGAACAUUGUCAUGAAAGAGGAGGAUGUGACAGUAAAACAAGAAGUAGAGAUUGAGUCUGUUACAGUGAAAGAAGAAGAGAAAGAAGUUUCAGUGAAAGAAGAGGAAGACGCGUUCAGAGUGAAAGAGGAGGAUGUUACAGUAAAAGAAGAGGAGAAAGAGGAUGCAUGUUUUGGAGUGAAAGAUGAGGGGGAGAUGACUGUCACAUUGAAAGAUGAAGUCGAAGAGGAGGAGAAAGGAGAUAUGAUUAACACCAGAGAGAGACGGGACUAUCAUGGAUCCUCUGGGGAGCCUCAACAACAACAUGAUGCUGACGAGGCAGAGCAGAGUCUCUCCACAUCAGAACAUCUCAAGAAACACCAGCAGAGACCCGCUAGGAAGAAAUCUAUUUGCUGCUCUGACUGUGGGAAACGUUGCAAAUCUUCAUCAGAUCUUAAAAUACACCAACGAGUACACACAGGAGAGAAAUCAUACUGCUGCUCUGACUGCGGGAAAAGUUUCUCAAGAUCAAAUUCACUAAAAGUACACCUGAGAAUUCACACUGGAGAGAAAUCUCACCACUGUUUUGAUUGUGGGAAGAGUUACUUAAGAUUAAAAUCACUGAAAGUACACAUGAGAAUUCACACUGGAGAGAAACCUUACAGCUGUGAUCAAUGUGGGAAGAGUUUUACUCUAUCUAGCUAUCUGAUUAUACACCAGAGAACACAUACAGGAGAGAAACCGUACAGCUGUUCUCAAUGUGGGAAGAGUUUUACUCAGUCAAGCAACCUGUUAUCACACCAGAGAAAACACACAGGGGAGAAAUCUUAUAGCUGUACUCAAUGUGGGAAGAGUUUUACUCAGUCAAGCACCCUGUUAUCACACCAGAGAACACACACAGGAGAUAAACCUUAUAGCUGUGAUCAAUGUGGGAAGAGUUUUACUACAUCUAGCCAUCGGAUUGUACACCAGAGAACACACACAGGAGAGAAACCGUAUAGCUGUACUCAAUGUGGGAAGUGUUUUACUCACUUAUGCAGCCUGUUGUCACAUCAGAGAAAACACACAGGAGAGAAAUCUUAUAGCUGUACUCAAUGUGGGAAGAGUUUUACUCAGUCAAGCAACCUGGUAUCCCACCAGAGAACACACACAGGAGAGAAACCUUAUAGCUGUGAUCAAUGUGGGAAGAGUUUUACUUCAUCUAGCAGUCUUAUUGUACACCAGAGAACACACACAGGAGAGAAACCUUAUAGCUGUGAUCAAUGUGAGAAGAGUUUUGUUACAUCUAGCCGUCUUAUUGUACACCAGAGAACACACACAGGAGAGAAACCUCAUAGCUGUGCUCAAUGUGACAGGAGAUACUCUGAUAAAAGAUCUCUGAUCAAACAUCAGAAAAUACAUGCAUGAAGGAGUUGUUUCAUGAUAUUAAUGAAAUAAUGUCACAAUGUAGAAUGCUUUAACAUUGUAGAAGGAGUGUUUUAAUUGUCACAAUCUAGAUGCCUAAUCGUUUGCCCCGUGUUCUAUUGAUUUCAGCCUGAUAUGGAUAUUAGACUCGGGGGAAAUCCAGGCUCUGAUUUGAAAGAGUACUAUUUAUGUGAUUUAACAAAAAGUGACUGACACAAAAAGAGCUGUGUAACACUUACCAUGUUGCUUACCCACUAGAAUCAAAAUGCAACACUUCAAAAUGUAGCGAUCUGCUUUAUACAAAUUGUCCUCUAACCAGGGAUGUACACAUUACUCCUAGAUUCCGUGUGGUUUUUGAGCUGUUAGUUUUAACAGGACGUGCAACCUUAUCUCCCCACUCUCACGCAAUUGAUUUCAACAUAUCAUUGAGUGAUGAAAAAUAAGUGUUGCGUUCCUUUGUUAAGCGGCCCCUACAUUUUAAAUGCAUCACUGCAAAAUGUAGCUGACUGUCUUCUGCAGGUUGUCCUGUAACCAGUGAGGUAAAAGAUAUCUCCCAUUUCCAUGUGUUUUUUUUAGCUGUGUUAGUUUCAACAUCACGUACAACCUACUCGAUUUCAGUGAUUUAUUGCUACUUGUCAAAACAACAGCAUUUCUGGUGUUUGUGCUGUUUAUAAGGAGCUUGUUUAAAAAAUUCAAGCAAUAUGAUUGUUGCAGAUUUUUGUAUUAAGUGAAUUAUUGCCAAUACAUAUUCAUGUACAUUUGGUUUUGAUAUUUCAUAUUUACAAUUAAUGUAACAUUUAGUAAUCUUAACUAUCAUAAUUAUUUAUGCAACCAGCUGACCAUUUUUGGGUACAAUUAUAUUGACAUUGUUGCCCUGCUUUUAGAAUAUCAGGGUUCAUUCUCACAUGUGCCAACUCAAAUGUACUAGAGCAUGACAUUGGGGACUGGGCCCCGAUCCAACAACAUGCCUAUCAAGUGAACCCUGAAAAAGAGGGAGAGGCUCCGCAGUGAUGUGGAAAAUUACUACGGAUAUUGCCGGAGUUUCCUCUUGAAAUCAGACAUGUUCGUUUUAAGGAAAACUUGCUGAUUGUCUCACGGGUGGGCACUCAAAAUUUUUGUGUUUUGCAUUUAGCCAGUGCGUUACCAUGGAUCACAGUUUAUUUUGACUGCACAUUUUUACGUAUUGAAGAUGAGUGUUAUUUGGUUCUAGAAGCUAGUGGGUUCUAGAAGCUAGUGGGGGAAAACAUUUUUUACAUUUGUUUUAAUUGUUGACAGCCAGUCGACAUCAUGUUCAUAUUGUGGAAGGUGAAGCAUUGUGGUUGAUUAUAAUUUCAAAAUUAGUUUUAGGAUUCUAGAAAGAAAAAGGAGACAACUAAUAUGAUUGUAUAUUAUUAUUUAGAAAUGUUUUUUCUUGUUUUUUAGUUGUUGACAGCCAGUAGACAACAUGUUUAUAUUGGUGAAGCAUUUUAGUUGAUAUUAAUAUGAAAUGGAAGUUGUUUUCUGUUGGUGAUGAGAACUUGUCCAACAAAAAUAUAGGAUAUAUUUGUUGUCUUAAGGUGGAAGGCUUUGGUUUUUCCAUUAAUGUUUUGAGGUUGGACUUUAGCCCGUAUAGCUCAUUAGCACUGUGAGGGAAUUUUCUGUUAAACCUUACUAAUGCUUGUGUAGUAAAAUAUAAUUAUUUAAGCCGAGGCAUUGGGCUUGAGAUAGGUUCUUUACCAAACUCCUAUAACAUAGAAAGGUGUGUUGAUGUAGGCCUGUUCUAACUAAAUCAAAUUGUAUUUAUGUAGCCCUUCUUACAUAGCAAAGUGUUGUACAGAAACCCAGCCUAAAACCCGAAACAGCAAGCAAUACAGGUGUAGAAGCACGGUAGCUAGGAAAAACUCCUUAGA